GUGGCGCAAAAGUAAUCCUCUUAUCAGAAAAUACUAUAAAUUUUACGAUUGGCCCCUAAUGUCACUUAUGUUUAGACAUUUUUGUAGUAAACACGUGCUAUUUAUUCACCACCAGGAAGAUGAUUUUUAUCAAAAAUACUCAUAAGUGAUGAGGCCCAUUUUCAUCUUAGCGGGUACGUAAAUAAGAAAAAGUUACGCUUCCGGGGCACUAAAAAUCCUGGAGCAACUCGCGAAGAGCCAUUACACCCGCUUAAAGUCAAUGUAAGGUGUGCUGUUUUCGCUGGAGGAGUCAUCCGACCAUUUUUCUUCGAAGACGUCGAGGGGCAAACGGUUACUGUGAAUGCGCUGCCAUAUCCCUAUGCAUUGCUAAAGAGUCUUGUUCCUCCUAUCCACCUGCUCAUCCACUCAUCCACACAAUGAAAAUCAAUGAACACAUCAAGAUAAUUGGAAAACUUGUCAUACUUGUACCAUAUGAAGCGAAACAUGUUCCCAAAUACCACACAUGGAUGCAAUCUGCCGAACUGCAAGAGUUGACAGCCUCGGAACCCCUAACACUGGAAGAAGAAUACGAAAUGCAAAGAAGUUGGCGUGUAGAUGAGGAUAAAUGUACCUUCCUGAUACUUUGUCGCCGGACCUAUGAAGAGUGUCAUGAUGAAAUAACAGCCCUUGUUGGUGAUACAAAUCUUUUUCUAUCACAAGAUCCAGAAACUAAUGAACGUAUAGCUGAGGCAGAAAUAAUGAUUGCCGAGCCGCAGGCAAGAGGUAAAGGAUACGGCUGGGAAGCCAUGUUACUUAUGAUGAAGUAUGCCCAAGGUACGCUGGCGGUGGAUAAAUUUGAGGCAAAAAUUGGCAUGGACAAUGAGAAGUCUCAGCGUAUGUUUAAGAAAAUGCAAUUCGUCGAGGCGAAACGUAUCGAGGUGUUUCGUGAAAUCACCUACGAGAGGAAAGUCACCCCGGAAUGGUGCGAUUGGCUGGAUCAACAGGUUAAUUUGGAAAUUGACAAAUACUAAAAUUAUUGAUAAUAUUUUCAUAGAAAUAUAUAAAUUAAUAUAUAAUGAAU